AUGUCGUUCGAUCAGCUCUCGUCGCUCGAGGCGGGGCGCGGCAGUUCCGGCUAUACCGACGACCCCGAUUUCCAGCGCCUCUCGCAGGACCUGAUGAACAAGUUAUUCAAACUCAAUGGUAAUAACCAGCGACUAAGUGGGGAGGUCGGGCACCUAGGGACACGGCGCGACACCCCGCGGGUGCGGGAGCGGGUGCAUGAGUUGAUCGAGGAGUCGCGCAGUACGUUCAAGGACGUCGGCGAGGGAGUUAAGAAGGUUCAGGCGUGGGAGGAUGUCACACCAACACAAAAAUACAUGCAACAAAAGCUCUCGCGCGAGUUCCAAUCCUCCCUCUCCGAAUUCCAAUCCCUCCAACGCCAAGCCCUGGAGAAACAAAAAGCCUCCGUCUCCGCCGCGCGCGCAGCAGUCGACCACGAAGACGAGUCGGGCGGCGGGGCGGGUGGCGGCGGCCCCUCGAGCCCGCAGCUCCUCCAGCAGCAGGAACUGACGCGGCUGGCGCCGCAGGACGAGGUGGACUUCCAGGAGGCGCUGAUCAUCGAGCGCGAGGAGGAGAUUCGUAACAUCGAGCAGGGCGUGGGCGACCUGAACGUGCUGUUCCAGCAGGUGGCGCAGAUCGUGACCGAGCAGGGCGAGGUGCUCGACACCAUCGAGCGCAACGUCGAGACCGUGCGCGACGACACCCAGGGGGGCGACCGCGAGCUGCGCAGCGCCGCGAGGUAUCAGAAGAAUGCGCGCAGCAAGGCGUGUUGCUUGCUGGUUAUUUUGUCGGUCAUUCUGACCAUCAUCUUGCUGGCCGUGUUUCUAGGGUGA